AUGGGGCCAGAACUGCGAACGAAGGUUUCGUUGCUUUACGAAGUGGCCGUGCGUUCCAUCAUUGAGUUCCUACCUGUCGUGCCCGACCGUCUGCGUGUCGAAGUUGUGUGCAGACGCUGGCACCGACUGAUUCGGGAGGAACUACCAGUCACCGAGCUCGACUUCGGUCAUGUUAUGGCUCGGCCGUUGCUGAGACGCGACGUCAGUGCGAUGCUUGAGCGUGCCAACCAGCAGCUAACGCGACUUGUGUUGCCCGACAUCACGCUAGUCGAUGCGCUUAUUGAGCUCGUAGUGCAGCAGCAAAACCUUUGCGUCUUCCGGGCACACAGGUGUGUACCGUCGUAG